UAAUAUGUACAGUAAAUGAUCAGAAGAGCGACGGUCAACCUGUGCAGAUCCGAUACGGGACCUCCCACAUGGCUGAUACGCGUGCUGCUCUCCAGAGAGGGGGAGAGAGGGUCUCAAUCCGUCCCGCCAGAAAGAAGCCCGGACGAUCCACGGUCCACGUACAGACAUACAGACGGUGUCGCGGUUGGGUGGAUUCCAAUGUUUCAGCUCAUGUGUGGUUCAUUUCAUGGUCGACACGUUAAUCCUGUCCACGCGGGCGAGGUAUCCACAUGGCAUGGCAUGGCAUGGCAGCUUUAUUAUUAUUCUUCAUUAUUAUUUUGGGGAGAAGGGCGACCACACACCACCAACACCACCACCACCACCACCGCUACCACCGCUACCACCACCACUACCGCUACCACCACUCAUGCUGACGAACAGAUGCGGACAUCACCUUCGGCGUCGCACUUGGCAGUGCAGUGGGUCAAAGAAUAAAUUCAUGCGCACCUGGCCUGGCAUUGGAGGGAAACGCCUAAUACACCUUACCCCUGCAGCUGCAGCAGUCACCACUGAUUACUUGGUGCUGUACUUGGCUGUUAGCUUUGGUGUCUACCCGCGCCGGGGGACCCUCCUUCCUCGCGAUGGAUCCUUUUCUCCCAAUGUCGUCAGCGGGAUCCUGGGGUGGGGCGUCGCGACAGGUUGGUGUUGGAAUUGGAUGUUGCGUGCGUGCGUGCCUGUGUGGGCCAUGUCAGCAGGCCUGUCCGUGAAUGCGAUCCGGGUGAGAUGAUCAUCAUCAUAUCCAUCCAUCCUUCCUUCCUUCCAUCAACCAUACGGAUGGUGGCCAUAUGGUCCAGAGCCGCCACGGUGUGAAGCACGCCAACCCUUGCACGAUGACGAUGGAGAGACGGUGAAUCUUGCCCGUCACCGUCGAGUCCCAAGCGGGCUCUAGUCAACUAGGUAGUCAAAGGAAACGUCGU